GGCGGCGGCGGCGAGGAGGAAAGAUGGCGGCGGGCUCGGAUCUGCUGGACGAGGUCUUCUUCAACAGCGAGGUGGACGAGAAAGUGGUGAGCGACCUGGUGGGCUCGCUCGAGUCGCAGCUGGCGGCCAGCGCGGCCCACCACCACCACCUCGCGCCGCGCACGCCCGAGCUGCGGGCCGCGGCCGCCGGCGCGCUCGGGAACCAUGUUGUGAGCGGCAGCCCGGCCGGAGCCGCGGGCGCAGGGCCGGCCGCCCCCGCCGAGGGCGCGCCCGCAGCGGCGCCGGAGCCGCCCCCCGCAGGUAGAGCGCGGCCGGCGGGCGGGGGGCCGCGGCGCGCGGGCCCCGGCUCACCGCGCCGCCCGCUUGUCCCCGCAGGGCCCGCGCCGGCGCCCGCCAAGCUGAGGCCGCCGCCCGAGGCCAGCGCGGGGCCCUGCCCGGCCGCCGCCGCCGCCGCCGCCGCCACCGCCGCCGCCGCCGCUGCGGGGCCCGAGCCCGCCGCCGCCCCGCCCGCCGGCCCCGGCGCCUCCAAGCCCGGCCCGCCCGGCCCCGGCGCCGCGCAAACUUUGAAUGGGAGCGCCGCGCCGCCCACCGCGCCGCACGCCGCACCUGCUGUCAGCCCGGUCAACAACGGGCCCGCGCCGCCGCCCGCCGCCGGCUCCGUCAUCCAGGCGGCCCCCGCGCCCGCGCCCGCCGCGCCCUCGCCGCCCGCCGCGCCCGCGCCCGCCGCGCCCCCGCCGCCCGCGCCCCCCGCGCCCGCCGCGCCCGCCCGGCCGCCCGGCCACCCCGCCGCGCCCGCGCCCCCCGCGCCCGCCGCCGCCGCCGCCGCCGCCGCCGCGCAGAACGGGGCCGGGGCCGCCGCCGCCGCCGCCGCCGCCGCGCCCGCCCCCGUCCCCGCCCCGGCCGCCGGGGGCGCCGCGGGGCUCGGCGGGCAGCCGGGGGCCGGCGCGCCCGCGCAGGGGGGCAAAGCCGAGCCGCCCAAGACCGCGGGGCCGGCGGCGGGCGCGGCGGCGGCGGCGGCGGCGGCGGGCGCGGCGGGCGGCGUGCUGCUCGGGCCCGCCAUGCCAGGGGCGCUGCCCAGCCCCGCCGGCGUCCCGCAGCCCGCGCCCGGGACCCCGGCGGGGCUGCCCAAGGGCGCCGCCGCCGCCGCGACGCCCAGCCUGCCCCGGACGCCCUCGGCCACCACCACCGGCGGGAUCCGCGCCACCCUGACGCCCACCGUGCUGGCGCCCCGACUGCCGCAACCGCCGCAGAACCCGACCAACAUCCAGAACUUCCAGCUGCCCCCAGGGAUGGUCCUCGUGCGGAGUGAGAAUGGGCAGCUGUUAAUGAUCCCUCAGCAGGCCCUGGCUCAGAUGCAGGCUCAGGCCCAUGCCCAGGCCCAGCCACAGAGCACCAUGGCUCCGCGCCCUGCCACUCCCACAAGUGCCCCUCCUGUCCAGAUAUCCACCGUACAGGCUCCUGGGACACCUAUUAUUGCACGGCAGGUGACCCCAACUACCAUAAUUAAGCAAGUGUCUCAGGCUCAGACAACGGUACAGCCCACUACAACCCUGCAACGCUCCCCGGGGGUUCAGCCUCAGCUUGUUCUGGGUGGCUCUGCCCAGACAGCCUCUCUUGGGACAGCAACAGCUGUUCAAACAGGAACACCUCAGCGAACGGUCCCAGGGGCCACCACCACCUCCACAGCUGCCACGGAAACUAUGGAAAACGUGAAGAAAUGUAAAAAUUUUCUAUCUACGUUAAUAAAACUGGCCUCAUCUGGUAAACAGUCUACAGAGACAGCAGCUAAUGUGAAAGAACUAGUGCAGAAUUUACUGGAUGGAAAAAUUGAAGCCGAAGAUUUUACUAGCAGGUUAUACCGAGAACUUAAUUCUUCACCUCAACCUUACCUUGUGCCUUUCCUGAAGAGGAGCUUACCCGCCUUGAGACAGCUGACCCCCGACUCCGCGGCCUUUAUCCAGCAGAGCCAGCAGCAGCCGCCACCAGCCUCGCAGGCCACCACCGCACUCACAGCCGUGGUGCUGAGCAGCUCGGUGCAGCGCACAGCCGGGAAGACGGCUGCCUCAGUGACCAGCGCCCUCCAGCCCCCUGUCAUCAGCCUCACGCAGCCCACACAGGUUGGCCUUGUCAAGCAGCACUGCCCUCUGCCCCAGGUGAUCCAGCAGCCCCCCAAGCCUGGAGCCCUGAUCCGGCCCCCGCAGGUGACCUUGACGCAGACGCCCAUGGUCGCACUGCGGCAGCCUCACAACCGGAUCAUGCUCACCACAUCUCAGCAGAUCCAACUGAACCAGCUGCAGCCAGUCCCCGUGGUGAAACCCACCGUGUUACCUGGAACCAAAGCCCUUUCUACUGUCUCGGCACAAGCAGCUGCUGCACAGAAGAACAAGCUCAAGGAGCCUGGGGGAGGUUCGUUUCGGGAUGAUGAUGACAUCAAUGAUGUUGCAUCGAUGGCUGGAGUAAACCUGUCAGAAGAAAGUGCAAGAAUACUGGCCACAAACUCUGAAUUGGUGGGGACGCUAACCCGGUCCUGUAAGGAUGACACCUUCCUGCUCCCCGCACCCUUGCAAAGGAGGAUGUUGGAAAUCGGUAAAAAGCACGGCAUAACAGAAUUGCACCCAGAUGUAGUGAGUUAUGUGUCUCACGCCACGCAGCAGAGGCUACAGAAUCUUGUAGAAAAAAUAUCUGAAACGGCUCAGCAAAAAAACUUCUCUUAUAAGGAUGAUGACAGAUAUGAACAGGCAAGUGAUGUCCGGGCUCAGCUCAAAUUUUUUGAACAACUUGACCAGAUUGAAAAGCAGAGAAAAGAUGAGCAGGAGAGGGAGAUCCUGAUGAGGGCGGCCAAGUCUCGAUCCAGACAAGAAGAUCCAGAACAAUUAAGGUUGAAGCAGAAGGCAAAAGAGAUGCAGCAGCAGGAGCUGGCACAAAUGCGACAGCGAGAUGCCAACCUCACAGCACUGGCGGCCAUUGGGCCCAGGAAAAAGAGGAAAGUGGACUGUGCGGGGCCAGGAUCAGGAGCAGAGGGCUCCGGCCCCGGCGCGGCAGUCCCAGGCAGCUCCGGCGUGGGCGCCCCCAGGCAGUUCACACGGCAAAGAAUCACCCGGGUCAACCUCAGGGACCUCAUAUUUUGUUUAGAAAAUGAGCGCGAGACAAGCCAUUCACUGUUGCUCUACAAAGCAUUCCUUAAGUAACACAGGACAAGUUGCCUGGGGACAGUUUUAUAUAUUUGCAGAUUACGCCUUUUUGUAACAAGCAAAUGGGAUAUUGUUUAAAAACAGCCACCUCUUUACAACGGAACAGUUUUAUAUUCCUGUUUCUAAAUGAGCUCUUCAGCGUGGAAGAACCGUUUCUGUAGCAGAGAGACACAAAGGCCUGCGGAUGCUCCUAAAGGACAGCCAAACCUGACUCAUCCUUGACUGAGUGGCCUUCCUGCCAAACAAGCCAUAUAUAAAGACUGAUGGAAUCGUUUAGCAAAUAACUAGCUGCCCUCUGUCAACUUGUAGCAGUUCCUUCAUUGUCUGUGCAUUUUGGUUGGGUUCGGUUCCGCUUGCCAUGUUGCUGUAUGUCGACAGCCAGUGACCUCAUUUCACUUAUUUUUGUUGCAGUCAGUUGGCAAAGCCAACUGAGUUUUAGACUAUUUAUCUUCCUGGCUUUUCUCCGCUCCAAAUUCUCCAGGAACACACAAGUCAUCGCCGUCACGUGGAGUGUGGGUGCGUUUCUGCUUAGUAUAGGUUGGGGCCCGGCAUGGGGGUCCCUCCUGAAUGUGUUCAGCAUCUGUACAAAUGAAUUUUAUUUGCUACAGUUUGUGAAGCUGUAAAGUUAAAGGAAAUGGAAACCUUUUCAGCAUAAAUAUAUUUUACUUGCACUGUGUUUUUUUAGCUAAAAGUGAAAACUUAGAUAAAAUAAAAUCAGAGUUGAGAAGAAUCAUCAAAAGACUGUUUCUCAGUGUGAAUCAAGUGUUGAAAAAUGGUUGGUGUAUUUUGUCAGUAAUUGUACAUAAUUUUUGGCACAUAACAUAAAAUGGCUAUGUAAACUAUAAUUAUUUUGCUAAGAGACUGUAUGCAAGCUGUGGGCAGACUUUACAGACGUCCAGAGCAAAGUCCCUUCUUUGUACCUAUUUUUUUAUUACAAAUAUACUAAUUGGUUCUUUAUAUUUUCAGAGGUUAUUGUAUUAAAUUGUCUAUUGAUAGUACUUUUAUGACUGUAAAUAUUUUGGCUUUCUCUGUGUGAAUUCUCACGUUAGACAUGAAUUCUUGCGUGUGAACUGAACGCUGAUCAGUAUUUUUUAUCCACACCUGAGAACUGUUACACUUUUAUUUUCUCUUUUAGGAAAUCCCUGUCUUUCCAUUUUUUCAUGUACAUUUUGCACAGUUACUUGUUCAUAUGUAAAUAUUUUACUUUCAAAAAUGAAGUUUUUAAUUGCUAUUGUUUUAUAUAGGAUUGAAAGAAAAUUAACUCCUUUAUUAAAAACAAAUUUAUCUGUA